UUUUUUUUUUUCAUUAGAAAAAAAACAAGUUGUUUUAUCCUCUGUUGUAUCUUAUAUCUUUUGUUAUAUCUUCUGUUGUACUCUUUUCAACAACUAUACAUCUUCUAUUCAUACUAGUACUGGUACUGGCUCCACUGCUCUUCUUGCGCUUCUCCCUGAUUUAUUCGUUGAGUCAACAGCAUUAACAUUUACAUCAACAUCAUCAACUAAAACAACAACAACAACAACAACAACAACAACAACAACAACAACAACAACAACAACAACGACAACAACAACGACAACAACGACAACAACAUCCGGCUCCUUAUAUCUUAUGAAUUAAACCCUGCAUCCUUGCUUCAUCUCUAGCAUUCCAUCAUGUCAUCCAUAAACAACGAAAAUGAAUAUAGACUAACUCGAUCUAAAUCCUUAGCUAGUCAGCGUCAACAACUAGAACAGAAAAAAUUAAAACUUCACCAUAAUCAUAAACCUGAAUCGGAUACGGUUAAAAACUCAGAAGACGUGAUUGUUUCUACUAACUCGACCCGUCCUCAUUUAGCUGACGUUUCAAACCAAUUUGGAGUUAGUGGCUCCAAAUCAAUUACUAAUUCAAAAGAUUCGAAAGAUUCUGAUAAAAAAUUAGAUCAACAAGAAACUCUAGCUCCUCCAGUCCAAGUAACUUCAUCAACCACUACCAAAAGACGUCCCUUGGCUGGAGACUUGGCUCCUUUAACCCAACAAACUUCAUCCUCAUCCAAUUCCAAUAAUAAAGUUUCUAAGAUUCCUUCAAAAUCAAAUAAUAAAAGAUCUUCCACUGAUUUUGAUAAAGAAAAUGAUGAUUCUAAAAUAAUGUUACAACCUUCUCAAACUACAGCAUCUAAUAUUUCUGCAUCUAAAAAAAAUAAUUUAUUAGUUCCAAAUAGAAAAAGACAAGCCACGGAAUCUUCUUCGAAUUUGGUUGAAAAACUUCAUACAACAAACGAAUUAAAUAAUUCAAAUAAAUUUAAAAAAUCAAAACGUAUUGAUUAUGAAUGGCAGGAUUUGGAUGAAGAAGAUUUCGAUGACCCUCUAAUGGUUAGUGAAUAUGUUAAUGAUAUAUUUCCUUAUUUAAAUGAAUUAGAAUAUAAAACUUUACCAGAUGCAGAUUAUUUAUAUAAACAAACUCAAUUAAAACCCAGAAUGAGAUCAAUUUUAGUUGAUUGGUUGGUUGAAAUGCAUCAAAGAUUUCGUCUUUUACCAGAAACUUUAUUUCUUGCAAUUAAUAUAAUGGAUAGAUUUAUGUCAUUAGAAGUGGUUCAAAUUGAUAAAUUACAAUUAUUAGCAACUGGUUCUCUUUUCAUUGCUGCUAAAUAUGAAGAAGUUUUCUCUCCUUCAGUUAAAAAUUAUGCUUAUUUCACUGAUGGUUCUUAUACUGAAGAUGAAAUUUUACAAGCUGAAAAAUAUAUUCUUACCAUACUAGAUUUUGAAUUGAAUUAUCCAAAUCCAAUGAAUUUCUUAAGAAGAAUCUCUAAAGCUGAUGAUUAUGAUGUUCAAUCAAGAACUUUAGGUAAAUAUCUUUUAGAAAUAACAAUUAUGGAUUAUAAAUUCAUUGGAAUGUUACCGUCCUUAUGUUCAGCUUCAGCAAUGUAUAUUGCUAGAUUAAUAUUAGGUAAAGAUCCAGUUUGGAACGGUAACUUAAUUCAUUACUCUGGUGGUUAUAAAGUUUCUGAUAUGAAAGAAUGUAUAAAUUUAAUUAUGGAAUAUUUAAUUGCCCCAGUCGAGCAUGAUGAAUUUUUCAAAAAAUACGCUACUAGAAAAUUUAUGAAGGCAAGUAUUGUUUGUCGUGGUUGGGCUCGUAAAUUCAUAAGUGAAGAAAGAGAUUUAUUCGAUCCAAACUUAAUUACUGAUAGAAUUCCAAAAUAA